UCUAUUGAGUAUGAAUCGUCCCGAGCUGGACUAUUACGCCGUGCUGGACAUUCCACGCAAUGUCACCAAAGAGCAGAUCACCCUGGCAUAUCGACGCAUGGCUGUGCGCUUGUGUCCACACAGAGAUAAGAAAUAUGAGCUGGAUUUCGUUCCACUGGCCCAGGAGGGCAGAUUGACGCAUUUGUCUCCAAUGGCGGAGACCAAGCAGUGGGCGUACAUCAAUAUGGCAUAUGAUGUGCUGGGCAACGAGCUAUAUCGUGCCAUCUAUGAUCGCUAUGGUGAGGCAGGCCUGUUUGAGGGCGUGAUGCUGCCGAAUGGCUACUUUCCACCAUAUCAAUACCAUGGCGAUCACAUGGAGGUGUACGAGCGUGUAUUCUCCAGCUAUUCGCCGUAUGCGAAUGUUAUUGAUGCCAUUACGAAUCCACCAAGCUUGUAUGCCACGAGGGAACAUGGCGUGGGAGUGCGACAUAAGGAUGCCAAUACGGAACGCAUUAUACAUUUAUCAUUGGAGGAGGUACGCACGGGUUGUGUGAAGUUGAUGCAUGUGUGGCGUCAGGAGAUUGUCGACGCUAGGGAGUCCCGUCUGGAGAAACGCAAGCACACACUUAAGCUCAUCAUACAACCGGGCACCACGGCCGGUACACGCUAUUGCUUUAAGGAGGAGGGUGAUCGCUAUCCAACGACCAUCCCUGGUGACAUUAUAUUCAUUGCCGCCGACAGGCCGCAUCCGACAUUUGAGCGGCGCAACAUGCAUGACCUGGUCUAUCGCUAUGACAUCAAUCUGGCUCAGGCUUAUACGGGAUUCAUAUUCUACGUGAAUACCCUAGACAAGCGACAGUUGAAAAUCGUCAUCUCAGAUGUGGUUACUCCGGGCUACCAGAAGAUUGUGCCACUGGAAGGGCUGCCCAAGUGCCGUAAUUUGGAUGCUGUGAAUGCAAUCAAGCAAGCUAAUAAACGAAUUGAGGAGUUUGGUGAUCUCAUAAUAGAGUUUAAUUAUAUAUUUCCAAGAUAUUUGACACCACAAAUGAAGAAAUUGACACGUGAGUUCUACCAAGAGUUUCGUAAAUUGGAAAUGGAACUGGAGGAGGAAGAGCGCAUGCAGAUGCAGGGUACAUAAUAUUUUAAUUAAUUUAUUGUGGAAAUAAAAAUUGUCUGUAGUUCAGCGUGAGCAGCAUACUAAGUCUGAA